GACACGGCAGCCAGAAGAGAAAUGUGGAGGUUUGAUUCCGUGUAGGGGGGAGGGGGGGGGGGUAGAGUCAGCACGGGCCAAAUAAACGACCACGUGUCGAGAUGGAAGCACCUUACAAGUCACUAACUCAUAAGUGUCAUGAACAGCAGAGCUCUUGACAGCAUGAAGAACCGAGAAAUGAAGUUCAUCAAUCAAGGCCUGGAGGAUGAGAUGGAGGUGUGGGGUUACAGGCCCUGUCUGUGGAAAAUAAUCCUGGUAGGUGUUGGUGCCAUUUGCUCUGGUGGUCUGCUGCUCCUGCUGCUCUACUGGCUUCCCGAGUGGGGGGUCAAAGCCACGUGCACACUAAGUUCACUGAGGGAAGCACACACUCUGCUACUCAGGACAACGGAUGACUUCAGGCAGUGGGAUCGUGCCAAAAUACACAUGAUGUUGGCUCCAGGGAAGACCCCCUUUGAUAGUGUGGAUCAUCAGUCCACAGCUCCUUUUCAGAAUGGACACCGCCACCAAAGCCUCAUUGGUGAACUUAAGGAUCAAAAUGGGAAUUUCAACUACAGAGAAUCCGUUAACAUUGUGCACUUCUUUACCCACAACAGUAUCAAAUACUACUGGAAUGAAGGCACACAGGACUUUGAAACAUUUAAGGGCUUGGAGGACACAAAGGUGAGCUGUGGAGGCAUUCACAGAGACCACAGCGAUGGACUCACUAAAACCAUACAGGACUACAGAGCUUUGUUUUUUGGGAAGAAUGACAUUGAUGUAAAAGUGCCAUCUUUAUUCAAACUCUUAGUAAAAGAGGUCUUGAACCCGUAUUACAUCUUCCAGCUCUUCGCUAUUAUUCUGUGGGGUGUUCAGGAAUACUUCAAUUAUUCUCUGACCAUGUUGAUUUUAUCUUCAAUUUUAAUAGCUGCCUCUCUGUAUUCCAUAAGAAAGCAUUAUGUGAAACUGCAUAAUUUGGUGGUCGCCCACAGUUUGGUACAAGUUUCAGUGUGCAGAAGAAAUAAAGAUGUCGAACAGGUCAUGUCGACUGAGCUUGUACCCGGUGAUGUCAUCACUAUUCCAGCCAAUGGGAUCAUCAUGCCCUGUGACGCUGUGCUCAUCUGUGGCACCUGCAUUGUCAACGAGAGCAUCUUGACAGGAGAGAGUGUACCUGUUACUAAGACCAGUUUGCCAAGUUCAGGCGAUGACGCAGAGAGGAUCUACAAUACAGAGGAACACAAGCGACACACCCUCUUCUGCGGCUCACAUGUUAUCCAAAGCCAUUACUAUGCUGGCGUGCUGGCGAAGGUGGUCGUGGUCAGAACAGGCUUCAGUACAGAAAAAGGCCAGCUUGUGCGCUCCAUCCUUCACCCUAAACCCACCAACUUCAAACUGCACCGUGAUGCUACGCAGAGCCUGAUGUGCUUGGGGGUGUUGGCAUUUCUUGGUUUCAUCUACACCAUCGUUGUUGAUGUCGUAUUGGGGGUUCCUAUUACGAACCUCAUCUUCGACGCUCUGAACAUCGUUGUUAUUGCUGUACCUCCGAUCUUACCCAUGGCCUUGACGGCUGGUCUGAUGCACGCACAGCGGCGCAUGAAGCGAGUUGGCAUUUUUUGUAUCAGUCCCCAAAGGAUUAACAUUUCCGGUCAGCUGAACCUGGUCUGCUUUGACAAGACUGGCACGCUCACUGGAGACUAUUUGGACCUAUGGUGUAUUCAAAGAGCUGAAGAUGGCAUUUUUUUAGCUCCAGCCGCUGAGGUAUCUCAAAAGACUUGUUUUGCCGCCUGCAUGGCUACUUGCCAUUCCUUGAUCACCAUAGAAGGCAAACUCUGUGGAGACCCUUUAGACGUCAAGGUGUUCAGCGCCACUGGCUCGAUUCUUGAGGAGGCAACUGAAUACCACACUGCACUUUACAAUGCCAGAAUUUCCACUGUUGUUCAAUUUCCAGAUCAGGCUGGUGAGUUUGGCAUUGUGCACCAGUUCCCCUUCUCCUCGGCGCUGCAGAGGAUGAGUGUGGUAGCCCGGCAGCUAGGACAAAAUCACUUUGACAUCUACCUGAAAGGAGCACCAGAGACUGUGGCUAACCUCUGCAAACCACACACAGUCCCACAGAGUUUCACAGAGACUCUGGAGACUUAUACCAGGCAGGGGUUCAGGGUUAUUGCCCUGGCACAUCGCCAACUGCAGUCUGAACUCUCCCUGCCUGAAGCCCAGAGCCUCUGCCGAGAGCAGAUAGAGACCAACAUGGACUUCCUUGGUUUGAUCAUCAUGCAGAACAAAAUCAAAGAAGAGACUGCUGGCGUGUUGCUUGAGUUACGACAGGCGAACAUUCGAACUUUGAUGGUUACAGGUGACAACAUGUUGACAGCAAUAUCGGUGGCUCACGGCUGUGGAAUGAUUCAAGUACGUGAGAAAGUCAUAAUUGCCGAUGCUGUGCCUCCUAAUGAUCAAAACCCCGCUAGUAUCACAUGGCGCUACUCUGAGAACAUUGAUCUGGAAAAUAAUCAGACGACUGAGAUCAGCAUUGCAGGUGAUGGGGUGCACAGUGUGGAGGACCCGGACUAUCACUUUGCUGUGAGUGGCCGAGCCUUCGCUAUCAUCACUGAGCACUUUCCACAACUUUUCCAGAAGCUCCUCCUGAGAGCCACUGUGUUCGCCCGCAUGACUCCAGACCAGAAGACUCAGCUGGUGCAAGCUCUGCAGAGCAUGGAUUACACUGUUGGGAUGUGUGGGGAUGGUGCGAAUGACUGUGGGGCCCUGAAGAAAGCUCACAGUGGGAUCUCUCUUUCUGAGCUGGAGGCCUCUGUUGCUUCCCCCUUCACCUCCUCCAUCCCAAACAUCUCCUGCAUUACCAACCUCAUCAGGGAAGGCCGUGCUUCUCUUAUUACAACUUUCUGCGUGUUCAAAUUCAUAUACCUCUUCAGCCUCAUCAUGUUCUGCAGCAUCAUACUGCUCUACUUGGUUCUCAGCAAUUUCGGAGACUGGCAGUACCUCUUAACUGACACUGUGAUGCUUUCUGUAGUCAUUUUUACAAUGAGUUUGAAUCCUGCACGGAAGAAGCUGGUGCGACGUGCCCCCCCAACCAGUCUGAUGUCCGGGCUGGUGCUCUCCUCAGUUUUGUUUCAGAUCCUAAACAGCCUACUCUUUCAGAUUUUUACUUUCGUCUUAGUGCAACAACAAAGUUGGUAUCAGACUCCUGAGGAAAUGAAACACAAUGAGUCCAGCUUCAUUGACGCAUACAGCCUCAAUCAAACUGAAGCUGAAGGCCUCUAUAUUAUCAUCAAGAGCUUUGAAAGCACUUCCCUCUUCUACGUUUCUGCCUUCCAGUAUUUGAUUGUCGCUGUUGUCUUCUCCAAAGGAAAACCCUUUAGACAACCAAGCUAUAAAAACUGGUCAUUUGUGUUGACCUGCACUAUUCUCUAUGCUUUCUUCCUGUUCAUCAUGCUGUAUCCCAUUCCUGCUGUAGACGAGUUGAUGGAGUUUGCAACCAUUCCCUAUGACUGGCGCAUUACGCUGCUGAUCAUUAUUUUGGCACAUGCUGUUCUGUCUCUUAUACUGGAGAAUUUGAUCCUUGACACUUUGUGGAAGUUUGUUCCAACCAAUACGGGUGUAAAGUGGACCACCACAUCCCAAACUGCUAACACAACACAGAUGGUGAAUGACUGUUGGGGCUCGGCCUUCCUCUCCAGGAUCUUCUUCCGUAAAAACCGGACCCCGAAGACGAAAUACAAGUGUCUGACUCUGAAGCUGCAGGAGGAGGUUGACUGGCCUCCUGUACCUUCCGCUAUCAGCUAUGCCAGCAGUCCUCAGUACCACAUAUCUGUCCCAUUUUGACACUAAUAAUCAUGAUAGUGGCCUCCCAUUUUGUAGAAGCCGUGUCUCAUCUGGUGCUUCGUUCACUUGAACAAACAAAUGAUGGAUGGAUGGAUGGAUGGAUCGAUGGAAGGAUGGAAGUAUGAAUGGUUAUUUAUCCCCAUGGGGAAAUUCAUGCCUUCCCCUGUCCUAAAUAUAUAACAGAUGGUUGCCUCUAGGUUGCAACAGAGAGACUGGAAGAGUCACAGAAAGGCGUAGAAGUGGAUGUCCAUGGAAAUGGAUUGUUCCCUUGCUGGAUCGAUCACCUAAUGUGAAUUUUGUCAUUGAGCUGAUUGUAUGUGAGAGAGAGAACAGCAAGUUGGACAAAAAAUAUUGAAACAUUUUACAGUUCCAAUUAGGUUAAACUCUAAAGGGGCAUUUUAGGUUGAUCCGGAAAUUUCACCCAGAAGCCGAAUAUGACUGACUUUUUGUGAGUGUCCAAUCUGCAGUUAGAUAAUCUGGAGAAAGCACUGCAUGUAAGCGGCAGGGCCGAAAACCAACAUUGAAUGCAUUGAAUGCACACUUUGUUGGAAAAUACUUUCACAUCUAUGGGGUUAAGCGGGUUUGUUUUAGUUGUAUUCAUGCUUUUAUUUGUGAUAACAAGAUGAAUUAGACCCUCCACCUCCAUUACGACCCAAGGUUGUCAUUUUGUUGGGUUUCAUUUUUUGUUGUAAUGUUAUGUUGUUGAUGAGAAGUGUUCGGUGUGAAACAAACAAGUAAACUCAAGAAACUAAACAAAACACUGCAUUUAAGAGUUAUGUGCCUGAAUGGCUGAAUAUCCCUUGUUUGAUGUUACGGCUUGUAGAAUGUUUCAUGACCAAUAUGUUGACUACUACCAGCCUAAUAAACAGCAGCUUCUGAUGUUAAAAAUGUCUAAUCUGAAAAAACACAUACAGAUAAGGUUUUUUUUUUCAAUCGUUAUCAUGAGCUAAUUUAGCAUUUUUGUUUUAUGUUUUUUUUUUUUUUUUUGCUGCACUCAUGCAAGACCUGUUUUCAGUUCAGUCCUGAUUUUCCUGUCAGCAAAAUCUGUGUCCAUUGAUUUGUUUUACCAAGCACUAUGCAAGUUAAUAAAAGAGGGAAAUUUUG